CCACUUUCUUUCUCUUGCAGCUGGGUGGUCUUGUCUUACCCAACGAUGGACUGUGCCAUUUAACGAAUAACAAGUACACCAAAGCAGAAGCUCAGGAUUAUCCCUCAGUCGGACAUCUUGCUGAAGUGAUUGAACAGAAUAAAGUGACUGUCAUCUUUGCUGUGGCUGGCAAGAACCAGUUGAAUCUCUACAAGAAACUGCAAAGCAGCCUGUCUGGUGCCUAUGUUAGUAAGUUGGACAGUAAGGAUUACACAAUUGCUGAUAUUGUCAAAGACAACUAUGCUAACAUAACCUCAGGAGUUAAAAUUGUUUCACCAAACAAGAAUCUGAAUUUAACGAUUAUGUCAAAAUGUAAAGGAACCAAAUGGAUAGCUUCAGAUUCCUGUGAUGGCAUUAAACCAGCACAAACGGUUGACUUCAAAGUGGUGUUAACUGCACCAGACUGCAACAGUGCACGGCACCAAAGCAUCAAGUUCAACCCUGUUGGACUGCAUGAUACAUUGUCCAUAGACAUGGAACUCAUCUGUGAAUGCGAUUGUGAGAAAUAUCCGGAGAUAAAAAGUCCACUCUGUAGUUCUGCUGGCAAUUUGACCUGUGGUCAGUGUUCUUGUGACUCUAACCGAAGUGGUCAGAACUGUUCUUGCACCAUUCAAGACUUUGAAGAUAAGCUCAUUAACAGAUGUCGUCCAGACAACAACAGUGCAGUGUGCAGCCAGCGGGGUGUGUGCAACUGCGGAAGUUGCAUAUGUCAAGAGAUGCCAUCCAACCCGAACUAUCACUACAGUGGUCGCUUCUGCGAGUGUGACGAUUACUCUUGUCCAAACUACAACAACUUGCUGUGUGGAGGUCCCUCUCAUGGCUCUUGUAAAUGUGGAGCCUGUGAGUGCAAUCCUGAAUACACUGGAAUGAACUGCGGAUGCGUGAAAAGUUCUGCAACAUGUUUGAGCAAAAACAAAAAAAUCUGCAAUGGCCACGGCACCUGUAAAUGUGGUGUCUGCAAGUGUGAAGAGAACUCUAACUACACAGGCAAACUGUGUGAAGAUUGUCCAGCUUGUCUCAGCAAGUGCAGCAUCUACAAGGAAUGCGUGAAGUGUAUCCUUAACAAGAAUGAUGUUAACUCAACGGACUGUCUCAAGAUCUGUGAUUACAAACUGGUUACAAUAGUGGACCAAUUGGAUGCCGCCAAUAAUGACACAAAAAAGAAAUGUACAGUGGAGGUAGACGAAUGUUACGUCCAUUAUUUAAUCAUCUCGGAUUACGAUACAGAUAAGAUUGAUGUUAAGAAGAAGCAAGAUUGUACCGAACUGAUCAACAUUACGUGGCUCGUUGUUGGAAUUAUCGGAGGAAUUCUCCUCAUUGGGGUUCUGGUGUUGAUCAUCUGGAAAGGUUUCACAACCUAUUACGAUAGAAGGGAAAUGGCCCGAUUUGAAAGUGAACAGAAAAAGGCUCAGUGGCAUCCACAAGGCAAUCCUAUUUAUCACCCAGCAUCAACGACAUUUGAGAAUCCUGUCUGGGGGCGCGAGAAAUAAGAACAAGGAUGGCCUGGAGGCACACACGAGGCAACACUGCAUCAUUCUCAAAAGAGAAUCACAAAGAAAAAACAUCCAAAAACAACAAAAAGAAGAGAAAAAAAUAAUAUCGCUCUAUGGUUCAUCCCAAUAUCAAUAUCAAUGUUGUUAUAAUUAUUUAUAUUGUCGGAAAGAAAAAUACAAAAGAGAAAAAAAUGAUAAAAGAAAGUAUUUAUUUCCAUACAUAUAUAUAUAUUUUAUAUAGUAUGAAAUAUACAUAAUUAUAUAUUCAUACAUACACACACACACACACACACACAGAUACACAUCCACACACACAUAUAUACAUAUACAUAAAUAUAUAUAUAUAUGUAUGUGUGUACAUAUAUACAUACACGUAAGCACAUAGGUGCAAAACAAUGUGGAGAAAAUAGUACUCGAUUACCAAAGGCAGAGUAAAGUUCACUGUUUCAUUGAAGCUGAAAAGUCCUUGCAAACUGUUACUCAGAGUUUCAUGUCAACUGAUCAUCAGACAACUGUGCUUAUUUAGAACAAUGAUAGUUUGUGAGUAUUUACAAGUAUUACUGUAUUGUUCUAGAUACUCUGAUGGCCAGUGAUAUGAUACUCAGAGUAACAGUUUGGGAAGACUUCACAGCUUCAAUAAAAUACUAUAUAGGCUUGUCUAUAUAUAUGUGUGUGUGUGUGUAUAUAUAAACAUAUAUAUAUAUAUAUAUAUAUAUAUAUAUAUAUACACACACACACACACACACACACACACACACAUGUAUGUAUGUAAGUGGAGUGGAUUUGGUAGUCUGGAGGAGUUUGUAUACUGCGGAGAAAAGCAGAAAUCUUGAUGGUUUAAAACUCAUGCUUCAUCUAAGAUGAAGGAAACGUUUAUUGCUGGUUCAGAUGAAUUGCCAACCCAGAAACAUUAGUUUCCGCUUCCUCUUGCAUGCAGCAUCCAAUUUUAUCCAGAUUCACCAAUUCCACUGCAUAAUUUCUGCCUGUCCUCUUGAAUCCUAGUUAUUCCUUUUCCUUUUUUUCAAAACCGUGUA